AUGUUCGGGAGUCUUUCCCUGGAUCUACUCCUACACAUCUUCAACUUCAUGGAUUUGGGGAGCAUCGUUGCCCUAAGAAAGGUUGUAUGGUCUCGUAAUUCCAAACCUCGGUAUCUAAUUGACAAAUGGUUGUCAGACCUCCAAACUGUUCUGCUGUGUUACGUCCCAACGCAUUAUUUGGAUUUGGAACGGGCUGUCUUUGCGCCGACGAGAUGGCUAGACCAUGUCAUGCGCAACAACAUGAAAGCCAGAGGAUGCUGCGCGCGAACUAUUACUCCGUCUGAGAAUCCCUACUUCCAGGGUGUUUAUCUCGUUCCUGGUGGCCGAUUCCUUAUCACCUUUUCCGAAGCCGACCUGUGUGUUUGGGACCUUGGCUAUUCUUCCAGCACCAUAUUGAAGAACACUCCGAUAGCCUCCGCGUCUCAUAUUUUCAACGAUAUCUUUGCUGUAGUCCCCACAGCAGAUGGGUUGGGCUUGCGGAUUUUUGCCAAUACAAUUUGUGAAACCAAUGGUUGGACGGAUGAAGAGAGCAUACGAGAUGAAUUUUGGAUCUUUGAAAUUUUCCCUCUGUCAGAAAAGCCCAAGCUAUCCAAAAUAGCUAGUCUCUUAGUCGAGGAUUACUCCGACGUGUCCCUCUUUGUGCUCCGUGGGGACUUACUGAUCUACCACGGUGCAAACUAUGUCAAAGUAUGGAACUUUGUCACAGGUACGGGCGUAACAUUUAAUGUAGGAGAUGAAUCGUAUGAGCAGCUUUCCGCGACUGACGAGUUCGUCGUAUUAAUCCAAUUCGCCGUGGUUUCCGUUUGGAAUAUACCCCCACUCGUCCCCGGCGGACACAUUGAAGAACCGGGAGCAGAUCACGUAAAACCCGACCUUGAACUUCCAGUGGAAUGCGACAUGGAUAUUGAUUCUCUGGAAGGUGACGAAGAGCUGCAAUUUGAAAUGCCAAGUGAAUGGUACACCCAUCAUCCGAUUACUUACGAUGUAAUCCACCAGUCGAGCGAGUCACGUACGAUAUGGCGAUAUGAGGUCAUCCUUCCAGAGGGGCGCGUCAAACUCCGACAUAAGUUCAUCCUCCCGAAGGAGGGGUCUGCGGCGAUGAUUGUCGAACCGUACCGAUUUUGCGACGGGACUCUCGUUAUGUCUUGGAGCAAUUGCCAGUCUUUGAUGGCCAGCUGCACUCCCCGUGGGCCACAAGAAAAAGAUGAUUUUCGGAAGCCGGAGGACGUCACUCUCCUUUGCGAUGAAGCAGGGCUUGAACGCGUCGAGUUUACACUUUGCCCGGUUGCAGGGAGACUCUGUCAUAUAUCUUGCACGCAAGGUUCCAUUGUUAUUUUUGAUUAUUUAGCUUCUCCGGCUUCAUAACACGUAUCAGCAUCUUCAACGA